UAUAAACUUUAACUAGACAAUACAACACAACUCGGUGAUAAAUACAAUUUUAAUGAGUUUGUUUGUAAUAUUAAAGACUUUGAAGAAGAUGAAAUCAAAAUGCGUACAAAUAAUAAAAGGAAAGUAUCAGUAACCGAAGAGUAUUCGUGUUGUAAAAAAUUGUCCCUUUUUGCUUGUGUUUGUGGAGUUCUUUCGUUAUUAUUACACACGUAUAGUUACGUGGAAAGUGAAGGUAAAAAUAGUAUAGAGACGUUAAUGAAGAGAGAAUUAGAUAAUGAGUUAGAAGAGAAGAUUAAAUCAUAUUUAAGUGAAUUAUCAAUGGAUCCGCGUAGAAGUAAAAGAGAUGCUAUGCUUAAACCAUCACCGAUCCAAGAUGACAACACCGUCGCACCUCAUGUUGAAUUCUUUAACCCGAAAAUGCGUGGAGAGCUCGAAGAAAAGGAUGCUAUAGAGAUGAAGAGGACCGGAGCCAAGGGACCAGCUCCUGGUGGCGAUACCUGGGUGUGGCUCACCAGUUACUCCAGAGUUCCUUACAACGUCGUGCAAGGUUUCUGCAGAGCUACUCAGGAUUAUUGUCCACCUGGAGUUCAGGGGCCGAAGGGACCUACGGGCGAGCCAGGUCCUAAAGGUGACCGAGGUGAUCCCGGCGCUCCAGGCACUCCUGGAAGAGCAGGGGCUAGAGGACCAGUUGGACCACCCGGAACGAAAGGUGAUCGAGGUUUGCCAGGUAAUCCAGGAUUAGACGGUCGUGAUGGUGUACCGGGAGAGCCUGGGCUUGAUGGCUUAUCAGGGAGAAACGGAGCGGACGGAGCACCGGGGAAAGAUGGCCGUGACGGUAUACCAGGGCGAGAUGGUAGCCCAGGGAAAAAUGGAAAAGACGGUAAAGAUGGGAAACCGGGAGCAUAUGGACCACAAGGCCCUAGAGGUCUGAAAGGUGAAAAAGGACCAAUUGGCCCGAAAGGGACGCGUGGUAACGACGGUCGUGACGGCGCUCCAGGGAGGCCCGGACUAUCAAUUUACAACUAUACAAAGGAAAAUCAAAUGUUCAUCCCCCCAACAUUUGCUUUGGAUAACCCUCGUCUAAUAGUACGUGAAGGAGACACUAUGAGGAUGGAUUGCAAUCCCAAAGGCUUUCCAGAGCCUACUAUAGAGUGGCGUAGAGCUGACGGGACCCCCAUCAUACAAGGUUCGUGGAGAGAUGCAUCUGUGAGUGGACAUAUUUUGAACAUACCAAACGUGUCUCGCUGGCACACGGGCCAGUACGUCUGUCUUGCUAACAACGGGAUGCAACCUCCUGCCAAUCAGACUACAUACGUGGAAGUACACUUUAGCCCAUACAUUCGAGUGCCAAACAAUAUUGUGUAUGUCUUCAAUAAAACAGCGAAAAUAGAAUGCGAGGUACAAGCUUGGCCUGAACCUGUCCUGGCUUGGGAAGUAGACGGCGUUACAAUAGAAGGCACCAGGUACAAGACUGAAGUGGCCACAACCGGAGACGUGUGGAGAUGGAUCAUGACGUUAGAGGUUCCUCACAUCAGGGAGCAAGAUUUGAGACAAUUCAGCUGCGUAGCCAAAAACGAACUUAACAACCAAACUGUUAAAGGACAUAUUCGAUUGAUGCUACCGGGACCCAAUCAACACAUGCAAGUUCAGCAGCCAACGGAGUACGGCUCCCGGCCUCCAACUCUGACGUCAUACGAGGAGCUGUGCCAGGUGCAGAAAUGUCCAACGUGUCAGCGAUGUGACCGCACCGUACUCCUCAUAUCCUCGAUGAACGGCACCACAGCGUAUAAGCCCAGGAGAAACACGAAUUGUCAGCUGUACGCUAUCGGGAAGCCGGUGUAUCAUCGCUACAAAGAUGAGCUGUUCGGAGCUUGGCUGCGAGAUUCAAACGCCACUGAUAACCAGAAAGAAAAGCUGUGGACAACACAAGAGACUGACGUGGAGAGGCUCAGAGAAUACAGAACGAAGGGCAGCUUCAAGAAAGACCACGUCGACGAGUUUCACAAGUUGCAGAAGCCAUUCUUUGGUAACGGCCACAUAGUGUACAGCGGGUCGUUCUUCUACCAAGCGAACGAGUCUGGACACCCGGGAGACAUCAUCCGGUACGACCUCACGCAGAGCCGCAUCAAAUCGGUGAAGCUUCCUCACGCUGCCGGGAGGCUCUACAUGGCGCAGCAUAAUCAGGUGGACUUCAGCUCUGAUGAUAACGGAUUGUGGGCUAUUUAUUCCAUUGAAAAUUCUAACAACACGGCAGUAGCUAAGCUCAGCUUUGAUCCGAACAAAGACGACUUAAAUAUUGACUACAUUUGGAACAUCUCAUUAAACCAUAAACAGGUUGGUGAAAUGUUCAUAGUAUGCGGAGUGUUGUACGCGCUCGACUCGGCAACGGAGCGAGACAGUAAGGUGACGGUUGCCAUCGACCUGUACCAGAGCAAGCCCAUUGAGGUGACGCUGCAGUUCACCAACCCAUUCAGAAAGACCACGCAGCUUGGAUACGACCACGCGCUGAAGGAACUCUACUCAUGGGACCGUGGAAACCAACUGACAUAUCCUGUACGAUACAAUGAACUGCCGGGUCCAUAGCACCAAAUACUAAUCAGUUGUGAUACGCAAAACCAAAGGCGAUAAACUAGUGACUGAUUAUCGUGUUCCUAAACUCCACUCACUGUAGUAAUAAUUGUACAUGAGUAUUUAAAUAAUCAGAUAUAUCUCUAGAUACAAAGUUCUAUAUUUGAUACAAAUUGUAUAGAUCAUUCUUUCCCAAACAUUGCUCUGCCGUGGCAAGGUAAUUUUCUCUAUACCACUUCGUGUCCAAUUUAAUACUUUUAAUCCCAAGCUGGUUGAUAGUAGAUAACAUUUUUAAAACAAGGCGGGAGCAUUCCGACCCGAUUUUUUAUUUUGAUGAUAGCGCGACCCGGUAAAUGGGAAUCGCUCGUAUAGAUAAAUAUAAUUUAAAUUAAAUAAAUAAUUUAAGUGUAA